AUGGUUGCUUCUCUACAUUCUCGUCUUGCUUCUGUCGAAGCAUCCAUCGAGAGGGUUUCAGCCCUCAUACGCCGUCUGCAUUCCUUUGGUAGCGCGGAUAUCUACGACGAUGAUGAACGAAUCAAUCUGAGUACCGAAAUCCAUCAGGAUCUCGGGGAGAUAGAAGAAGGAAUAGAAGUUCUGCGCGUGGAGACUCAUCCUCUCGAUCGAAGACGACAUCAACGCCGUGAGAGCGUGCCAUUUGACGCGGACGCAGUCAAGAACGUGGCUCUCAUGGCGAAAAUAGAAGAAGAUUUAAAAAUGACUCGGUCGAAGUUCAGACGAGCUCAGAUAGAAGCCAAGCGGAGCUCGGAGAGGGCGAAGAAUAGACAAAGACAGCUCCUCUUUCAACCGUCAGCUGAGGGAGAGGACCUGCCUAAUAGGAGGACACCGAGAUUCACUCAUGGUGAUCUUGUUGCAAGUUCAUCCAAGGACGUUACCGCUGCAUUAAGGCAGACACAUAACCUCAUGCAGGCUGAGCUUUCCAGGAGCCAAUUUGCCCAGGAAGCUUUAGAACAAUCAAAUAAGGCCCUGAGCUCGCUCUCGGAAUCAUACACCAAUCUAGAUACCCUACUUGCAUCAUCCAAGUCUCUCGUGAGCUCACUUCUUCGCUCCCAAAAGUCAGAUACAUGGUAUCUUGAGACCGCAUUCUAUAUCCUAAUCGGAACUAUAUCGUGGCUUAUCUUUCGACGGCUGCUAUAUGGCCCACUCUGGUGGAUAAUCUGGCUCCCUCUCAAAAUUGUCGCCAGAAUCACAUUUGCUAUAUUUGGAGUAACUAGCGGUGUCUCAAUGGCCGGUCCCAAGUCCGUUGUACCAAACAAGCCUCUGGUAACAGCUAACAUGGGCCCGACCGCGACUAAUUCUCUUUGGAAUCCCGAUUCUACUAAGAAAGCUGAUGUUGCUGGUAUACCUGACGUGGCUGAGGACGUCGAAAGCUGGACCGCUGCAGAUCAGGCGGAGAAGGAGAGACGGGAGCCUACAACGAUACCAGGCGGCCCAAAGGUAUAUCCUAACCCUAAGAAGAGGAUGUGGGAGGGUCCUCAUGGGCAUGGGGAUGAACUCUAACGAUCUACCUUUAAAGCUCGCUGUGGCGGGCGAUCAUUUGCCCCUAAUGUCGUUAGUCAGGUGAACGAACGAAAUAACGACCUUACCUCCGAGACAAUUGAGUUAGCUCCAUUCUUCCAUACCAUUGCUCUCCUUUCCUCCGUACCGAACAAUUGCGAAAUCGGAUUUCAGCACAGAAGAGGCAAGAAGUACAUUCCAGCUGCAUCAUUUAUUUAAUUAACAAGGUUAUAUCCCUCCCCUUACCGCCCCCCUCCGCCCCAGCAUUGCAUAUUAUCAAUAUUAUUAUAUCUUGCUGGAUGAAGCUGCAUUGCAAGUCAAGUAUUUAGGGGGCGGUGCUGGGGAUUAAUGCUGUGCAUGGAAUAGGACGAGAAAGGGUCCCAACUCAACUCCCAUAGUCCUGUGACCUAUAUCAUCUCAUGGACUUGUACUAAUAUGACGAGUGCAAGGGUGGUUGGUACCUUUCCACGAAUAUCCUCGCCAAACAUCCAGCAUACAGUAAAUGCUUAUAACACUUGGAGGAAUCCCGGCAAUCUUUGUGCUUGGUCGAUACAAACUUCACCCUCCCCCACCCCCGAUAUGUUAAUGUUACGGAUGAAGAUGCACCCCGGUACCUAUUAUUCAAACAUCAACUCGAUACAGGCCUUGUUGUUAUCUAUAGACGAGGCCGAAUAUACACUAUCUAUACUGGGAAGCGAACUUCCGAAUCUAUUAGCCAACUAUCCGAUCGAGUCCUGGGAUAUGACAGCAUCUCAAAUUAUUAAUGCUCUCAAGGACGAGAUACAAGGCGGGAAUUUAGUUUCAAACGGCCAUCAGAAGAAAUACGAAAAAGUUGAAUAGCUCGAACCCGUCAACACUUGAGAGUGAUAUAAAACCAUCUGCGAUUAUUCUAUCAAAUACGAAGGAAGAUGUUUUCGUUUUCUUAAAGGCAUAUCUUCGUGAUUCGGGGUGAAGUAUAAUUUUCCAUAUGCGGAGGAGGACCACAGCUCACCCCUAGCUGUCCUAAUAUUCCAGAUGGCUUCAACCUUGUUUAAUUCUUGACUGGGUUAAUCUCAACUCAGAGCAUGAGAUUUUUUUGUUUUCUAGUGAACACUAGGCGUCGGUGUAUUAGAAUCUGAAAAGAGAGGAACCGGUAGUGACUGGUAUUGGGUUUGGUAACAAAAGGGGAAUUGGAAGGCUGGCUCUGCAUGGUAUUUUUUUUUUUUUUUUUUUG